CGUAACCCAUCUGCUUGUGGGCAGUGAUGUAAACAUACCAGCUGCCUCUGAAGAACCACUCUGAAUCCUGCAGGAGGCAGGUCUCUUCCCCGAGCAUCGCUCUCCUCUGCAGCAUAAGUCACUGUCUCGCCAACCACGCUGUGCUGUCCCUAAACCCUCACAUCUACCCAUCUGAGAGUCAGAUCGAGUAAUCCUCUUACAGGUCAAUGAUUUUUGCAGUGUAGCUUCGUUUAAGGGAUUUAAGCUCGAUUCGUAAUGUGCUACCAUUGCGUUGAAAUGGAAAGGCUUGCUUAGAAGGGGCUUGGCUGGCACGAAAGCUUCUCGUGGUGUGUCCCACCAGCACAGAGAGACGGUGGGAAGGAGGAAACCUAGCAGCAGUGCCAGCACUGCACUGAAAAUGAAGGCUCUCCUGUUACUGGUCCUACCUUGGCUAAGUCCUGCAAACUACAUAGACAAUGUGGGCAACCUGCACUUCUUGUACUCCGAGCUAUGUAAAGGAGCAUCCCACUAUGGCCUUACCAAGGAACGGAAGAGGCGUUCCCAGGACUGCUCUCCAGACCGUGGCUCCAGCUUGGCAGUGGCUGCCCUGGGCCCUGAGCUCUCAGCAGCUGCGGCCAUCGCCUUAAUGACAGACGAGCCGGGGCUGGUGAACCCGGCCUUCAGCCCCACCUCAGAGGAGAGCCAGCUGGGCAGCAGCCCCGGGGACCUGCACCGCAGCAACCGCAACCGGACUCGACACUUUGAACGUUCCACUAUAAGAAGCAGAUCUUUUAAAAAAAUAAACAAAGCGUUCAGUGUUCUUCGAAGGACAAAAAGUGGAAGUGCUGUUUCCAACCAAACUGACCGGGAAAGGGAGACUGUUGGAAACUCUGCUGCUGGAGAGGAAGGUUUUCCCAGGCUGUACCACCUGAUUCCAGAUGGGGAGAUUACCUGCAUUAAGAUCAGCCGCAGCGAUCCCCAUGAAAGUCUGGCCAUCAGGAUCGUGGGGGGCAGUGAGACCCCUUUGGUUCACAUUAUUAUACAGCACAUUUAUCGAGAUGGGGUGAUUGCCAGAGAUGGAAGAUUGCUGCCUGGAGACAUGAUACUAAAGGUAAACGGCAUGGACAUCAAAAAUGUGCCUCACAACUACGCGCUGUCGGUCCUGAAGCAGCCGUGCCACGUGCUGCGCCUGACGGUGCUGCGAGAGCAGAGGUACCGGUGCCGCAACAGCGGCCUUUCGCUCGAUGCUCACUGCAACAGGGACGACAGCUUCCACGUCGUGCUGAACAAGAGCAGCCCGGAUGAGCAGCUGGGGAUAAAGCUGGUCCGCAAGGCCGACGAGCCGGGCGUGUUCAUCUUCAACCUGCUGGAGGGCGGCAUGGCGGCACGGGACGGGCAGCUGCAGGAGAACGACCGCGUGCUGGCCAUCAACGGGCACGACCACCGCUACGGCAGCCCCGAGAGCGCCGCGCAGCUCAUACAGGCCAGCGAGAAGCAGGUUCACCUGGUGGUGUCGCGGCAGAGCCGGCAGCAGCCCCCGGACCUGCUGCAGGAGACGGGCUGGGCUGCCGGGGGCUCCCAGCCCUGCCCCGCCGAGAGGAGCGGCCCCGGCAAGAGCACCCUUCACACUGUCACCUGUCACGAGAAGGUGGUGGCUGUCCGGAAAGAUCACACAGAAUCGCUGGGAAUGACUGUGGCAGGUGGAGCAUCGAACCGAGAAUGGGAUCUGCCUAUCUAUGUGAUAAGUGUGGAACCUGGAGGAGUGAUUAGCAGAGACAGCAGGAUAAAAACAGGUGACAUCCUGCUGAACGUGAACGGCAUUGAUCUGACGGGAGUCAGCCGGAGCGAGGCCGUCGCCCUGCUGAAGAACACCAGCUCCUCAGUGGUGCUCAAAGCCCUGGAGAUGAGAGCAUGUGAAGCCCAGGAGGAGCAGGGUCACCUCCCACCCCCUGAGGACACACAAGUGACUGCUGAGAGCAGCGAGUGGUCGCCGUCCUGGGUUAUGUGGCUGGGGCUGCCACGAUAUUUGUACAGCUGCAAAGAAAUUGUAUUACGAAGAAAUACAUCUGGAAGUCUUGGCUUCAGCAUCGUAGGAGGUUAUGAAGAACAUACUGGGAACAAACCAUUCUUUAUCAAAUCCAUUGUUGGGGGAACACCAGCAUAUAAUGAUGGCAGAAUUAGAUGCGGUGACAUCCUCCUUGCUGUCAAUGGCAGGAACACAUCAGGAAUGAUGCAUGCCUGCUUGGCAAGGAUGCUCAAAGAACUAAAAGGAAAAAUUACUCUCACAAUUGUGUCCUGGCCUGGCACAUUUUUAUAAAACAAGUCUUCAUGGAGAGUGUGACAAGUAUCUUAACAUGGGGAAAACAUUUAAAAAAAAAGGAACACCAGUCUUUGCUUUUUUGGGGAGUAAAGUAUGUAUUUAUAAAGAAAAGAUUUGUGAAAUUUCAACCUGCAUGUCAAGAAAA